CCAAGCGUCCGUUUUCAAACACAACCUACACAUUAUCAAACCAUCGCAAUUGCAAUGCAAUUCCUGUCAGAGCGCUUGGUUUCCCGUGAGCAAGGAGAUGCGUACAAAGCUGUGUACCUGUAGGAUAACUGAACGAGGCUUUUGGAGUCACUUGUGGAAUUUUAGACUUGCACGCAUGACGAUGCCUUAUCUGGCUAAACCGCUGUUUUUACUCUUCUGUCUGGUCGUUACCGGGGAAUGCCGUAAGCACGGACACCGAGUACGGAGAUGGACGGGAACCGUGGAGACGGCAAAGCAUGGCACAGAGACAGCAAAGCAUGGCACUUCCCUGACAAAGAAGCCUCCAGAUGUGACCAAAAACCGCAAGCUGAAGACAGAGCAGCUUCUGAAAGUAGAUGAUCAUGAUUUCACCAUGAGGCCGGCAUUCGGAGGCCCGGCUAUUCCAGUCGGAGUGGACGUACAAGUAGAAAGCUUGGACAGUAUCUCAGAAGUAGACAUGGACUUCACCAUGACCCUGUACCUGAGACACUAUUGGAAGGACGAACGCCUGACCUUCACCAGCUCCACCAAUAAGAGCAUGACAUUCGACGGGCGUCUGGUGAAGAAGAUCUGGGUUCCAGAUGUGUUUUUUGUGCACUCCAAGAGAUCCUUCAUCCACGACACCACCACAGACAACAUCAUGCUCAGGGUCUUUCCCGACGGACACGUCCUCUACAGCCUGAGGGUGACAGUGACAGCAGCCUGUAACAUGGACUUCAGCCGCUUCCCUCUGGACACCCAGACCUGCUCACUGGAGCUGGAGAGCUAUGCCUAUACGGAUGAGGAUCUGAUGCUGUACUGGAAGAGUGGGGAUGAGUCCUUGAGUACGGACGACCGUAUCUCCCUGUCUCAGUUCCUCAUCCAGAAGUUCCACACCACCUCUCACCUGGCGUUCUAUAGCAGCACAGGCUGGUACAAUCGUCUGUACAUCAACUUCACCCUGCGGAGACACAUCUUCUUCUUCCUGCUCCAGACCUACUUCCCUGCCACCCUCAUGGUCAUGCUGUCCUGGGUGUCCUUCUGGAUAGACCACAGGGCCGUCCCAGCCCGCGUCUCGCUGGGUAUCACCACAGUGCUCACCAUGUCCACCAUCAUCACUGGAGUGAACGCCUCCAUGCCCAGAGUGUCCUACAUCAAGGCUGUGGACAUCUACCUGUGGGUCAGCUUCGUGUUUGUCUUCCUGUCCGUGCUGGAGUACGCUGCCGUCAACUACCUGUCCACUGUGCAGGACCGCAGGGAACGCAAGAUGAGAGACGAGAUAAGGGAGAGGGCCAGGUCACAGUCGCUGCCCUGCACCUGUGGCAUGUCCCAGACGAGGACCAUGAUAUUAGACGGGACCUACAGCGAGGCGGACACCAACAGCCUGGCCGGCUACACCUCAGGAACUAUGGUGCCCGAGGAGGACGUGGAGAUGCCCCGUGAGGUGAUGACCGAGAAGCAGCCUCCUGGGGAGCACAUGGUGGUCCACCUGUCUGUCAGUAGCGAGUCCACAACCACCAAGAAGAAAGGUAUCCGGGCCCUCAAAAUUAUCCAGAAUACACACGCCAUCGACAAGUACUCCAGGAUGUUAUUCCCUGGCUCCUAUAUCCUAUUCAACUUCAUCUACUGGUGUUCAUACUGUAUAGGAGCGUAGGGUCUACUGUAUAGGUGCAGUAUGGGCCCUGGUCAAAAGUGAUGCACUAUGUAGUGAAUAGGGUUCCAUUUGGGUCACAGACUAUGUUCAUCAUACAACUGUGUUUAACACACUCGUCAAGGACAAGAGAAAGGCUAAGAGAGACUGUAACUGGGGUUUACAUGGACAUUUGAUACUAAUGGCCAAUAUUUGGAUGGACUACUGACUGGUCUCACUGGGGUAUUGGCCCAUAUGAGACUGAUAUAUAUGGGUUUAUGUUUAUUAUGUAUAUUAAGGUAAGUGUAACUCACUCGCGAAUGACGAGGGAGAUUGUGAAAGUCUGAGAGACAGAGACUGAGUUCUAUGUGGAUAUUUGGCACUGAUGGACAAAGAGAAAAGCACCAGAGAGAGACAGAGACGUUCUUCAUCAUCCAACUGUAGCUUGUGAAUUUCUCUCAAUCGAGUCCACAGGGUAAUUGAUUGUUCUGCAAGUACGUAUCAGCUGUUGUUUAAAAACUAUUUUGUCCAAAUAACUAUUAUUUCAACAAGUCUUUUGUACUCUGGGCUUGGCAUUUGGCAACAGAGGUGUGUCUACAAUGUUGUUAGCUUUUCAUUCAGGUCUAUUUGACAUUCAGGUCUAAGUACCAGUUCAGUCUGUUGAAACCGUGUUUAACAGAGUGGUGUUUGAUGGUUACGUCCAAAAUGGCACCCUAUUCUCUUUAUAGUGGACUACUCUGGGCAAAUGUAGUGCACUAUAUAGGAAAUAGGGUGCCAUUUGGGAUGCACACAAUGCUCUGAAUUAGAGCAUCUGCUACAUACGUAUGUGAAAUGUUAUGAUGUAAUUGAUGUAAUAUACUACAGUAUAUAUAAUGGUUUGUGGUUCAAGUGAGGUCUCUCUCAGUGGUUCUAAAACAGCUGUGAAGUCAUUAAAGCACAACAACAAUAACAACAACGUAGAGCCUUUCAAGCUGUGAACAACAGUUACUGGCACAUUUGUAGCCUACUGUAUAAAGUAAAGGAACUGAGGAAUCGUGUAUAGAUAUGUAUUUUCCUUUUUCUGAUACCUCUCAUAUGGUCACAUUGUAUGGUUACAUGCCAUUGUAAAAAAAGAAUGUAGGUCUACAAUGUAAAGAUAUAAAUCUAAAAGCAAAUACACUGUAGCACUUAAUAAAGGUUAAUGGAAUUAAUUACAUGUUUAAAAACAUCUAAGGUGUCCCAUGCCAUCAUACCUUAACAAGCUACAGCCACGACAGGCAACACAUGGCUUGGCUUGAGAUAUUGAUCUUAAAUGUACAGUAUAGAUGAUUUUUGCCUAAAACUAAAUAUACUUUUAUUUUGACCACUUGAGGCUUUAAUAGUCAGGUGAGAAGCUGGAACCAUAAAAUUAGAUGAAUGAUUCUAUUCUCUCAUUCUAAUUCUAUGGCUGGAACAGCUUUUAGUAAACACUUUUUUAUGUCAAUGUGUGAGCAGAAAUUAGCUUUAAAUAAAUGCAGCUGUAGGCUAUUUCUUCACUAGACAACAGUUCACAUUAGUUUUGUGAAACCAUAAUACUACUUUAGCCAUUCCAUUUUUAAUAGGGAGUCAGUAGGGGAAACUAUUUUCCUUUAUCCCCAUGUUGAUAUUGUUCAUUAUGAAAAUAAAAUAAUGUAUUUAUUGUAUAAUUUGGUGGUAUUAAAAUAUUAUUUAUUAAAUGUGUUUUAUAUGUUGCUGUUCGCAUUUAUGUUGUUUGU